GUCAUCACCUGUGACCUGUCCUACUUGAUUUGCCACUAUUCAACUCCUAAACCCAAACCUAUUACUUUUCUAAAUUCAAGAGUUCAACUAUGGAUUCAUUAGAGACUAAUGACCAACUUACAAUUGUGAAUCGAUCAAUGGAACAUCGUAUUAGUAAAAAACUAAUUCGUAAAGUGCCUUAUUUUGAAAAGAUGUUGAGCCAUGAAUGUUUGGAAUCAAAGGAAAACAAAGUUGAACUGGAUUUUGAGGAAAAGGCUCUAAAAUCGUUUCUUGAUUGGAUUGAACUUGGUUAUAUAUUCAUCGAGAUGGAUUAUAUAAUAGAUCUUUGCACCAUAUUGGACUAUUUUGGAACAAAAAAUCAUUUGAUACAAGAUUGUUUUAGCUAUUUCAGUGAAAAAUUUUCUAGCGAGUAUCUUCCUGUUGUUAUACCUCAAGUGACCUCUACAUCUGCAUUGAUCAACUCUGAUACUCUCGAUACUUUCAUCUGUCGUUAUUUCUCGAAGAUAGCAAACACAAAUGUUUGGUUGGAUUAUCCUAUUGAAACUAUUGAAUACAUUUGUGCUUUGGACCUGAUGAUUCAUUCAGAAUACCAAGUUUUCCAUGCAAUUAUGAAAUGGAUCGACUUCAAAGCUGAUUCUAGAAAGCGUUAUUUUAAAGGAUUGUUGAAUUUAGUUCGAUGGUGCCAUUUGGAAGAUAACGAUCUAUCUAAAAUAAAGGAAAAUGAAUUGUAUGAAUCUUCUGAUUUGGAACCAGAAUCAGGCUCUCAUUGCAAAUCUAGUUGUAAUUGUGGCUUUAAACGAACUAAACAAGGUUGUUUUUUCGCGAUUGAAGAACUGAAUAACAAACUUUUUCGAGUCAAAGUUCUUGACGGUAAUUUCCGGCCAUUGUUUAAUGAAGUUAUUCAAUUAGAUGAAUCAUUGCCUUUGAAUCUUUUAUAUGGUAAAUAUAUUUCUGAUAUUCCAUUGGAUUCUGGAAGACAAAUGAUACGAAUUGACUGGAAACAGAACAAAUAUCGUCUACUAAAUUUUGAUUCUUAUAAACGUCAUUACGUCGAAAUUCAUAGAUUAAUUUUUGGAUCGCAGAACAGUGUGGAAUCCUAUAUUGAGAAGAAAAAAACAGACGACUUAAGUACUAUGUCAAUAUAUAAAACUUUACUUCUCGAAGCUGCCGAAAAGUACAUUUUUGUUUGUAGCGAUGACUAUGAAUUCAAAUGUUGGGUGAAUCCAUCUACUCAUGGUAUUUAUUUUGCCUUCGAUUUCGAUGGACUUACUCACUUGGCAACUGUUUUGGACAACAAUGUUUAUGUGCUGACAAGUGAUCUCAAGUUUUUCCAGUUCAACAUUGACCGUAAUAUGUUUGAAAAGAUAGAACUUCCUAGCGUUGAAAAUAAAUUGAAAUUCGAUAACUUGAUUUUAACAUCCAAGCAAGCUGGUGAUGGUGGAGUUAUUUUGAUUGAUAAAUCUGCAAAAGAUGUUUUCUGUUUCAAUGUCAGUACUCGGAGAUGGAAAUCAGUCGGUCGAAUUAUCGAUUGUAAAAGUGAAUAUAAUGUUCUUAAAACUUUUACCUUUGGAUUUGUAUCAACGGACUCGAUUAACCUUUGUUUGGAACGUAAAUUAACACAAUAAACGAAAGUUUUUUUGAACUUUUUAAAAUUAAAACGAAAUUAAU